GCGCGCGGGUUCUGGGUGCGGGCGGGCGCCGCCGCGCUCGGGCCUUCGGCGGCCCCCGCGCGGCUCUUGUCUCCGCGCCCGGCUCUGGAGGGGGAGGGCUUGCAAAGCCGCUGCUGCAUGCCCGGGUGAUGAAGGCGCCCGGGAAGUGACUCCCACCCGCAGCACCCGGCGUGGAGGAGCCGCGGCGGAGCCUCACGGCCCUCCCUGCCUUCGGGUGCCGGCGGAAGGGAGUUACUAUCAGCCGUUCGUGGGUUUGCAGCCCGCCGCGCCCCAACGCCCGUCAGGUGCCUGCCAGGUCCGCUGGCGGCGGCAGGGCCGGCCCCAUGCACGGGGGAGCCCGCGCCGGGCUGCCGCGCCGGCCAUGAGCAACGCCACGUCGCCCACCGCCCCGGGCGCCUCCGGCGACUCCCUGGUGGGCUACGUCCUCGUCCCCUUCUUCCUCAUCACCCUCGUCGGUGUCGUCCUGGCUGCGAUGAUGUACGUUCGGAAGAGGAGGAGGUUGGACCGGCUGCGCCACCGCCUGCUGCCCAUGUACAGCUACGACCCCGGCGAGGAGCCGGCGGGCGCCGAGCGGGAGCUGCUGCUGCUGGAGGCCGAGGGCGCCCGGGUGCUGCCCGCCCGGGGGGGGUCCCAGCCGCGGCGGCCCCCGCGCGGCCCCUGGAGCGCCUGAUGCCGCACCGGAGCCGCCCCGGAGCCGCCGGCCUUUCCCUGCGUUCAGCCCGGAGCCUCGUGCCUUCAGCCAGGAAGAUUUUUAGCAGCGCCCACGCUCCGGGACGGGACAGCGGCGCUGCAGCGGCACGGCGGCUCCUUUUGGUACUUGAUGGCAGCGUUUGGGGUUUUUUUUUUUUUUUUUUUUUUGUAAUAAAAGCGCCCCGCGGCCAGGCGCGGUUGCAGGGGCCGGCAGGGUCUCGCCUGGCUCGGUUGCGCCGGUAGCGCCCGCGCGUCUCCUCCGAGGACGGCCACAGGGAUGGAUGCGCUCGGCGGCCCCACGGUUUCCACGCAUGGAUAAAACCAGCUUUUUCACCCCAGAACGGCCCCCAAAGCCCGUUGAGCCGAACCCCGACCCAAACCCGGAGUGCGGAGGAGAGGCAGCAACGUCCAUAAAACGUUUUAUUCAAGUAACUGCAAGUAGGAAACCAAAAGGUCGCUAACAGUGGACCAAAAACGGGGGAAAAAAGAAAAAAAUUCUCCCAACUGUGGCGGCGUGGACACCCCCGAAACGCAAACCCGAAACCUUCGGCGGGCAGAGCGGCGACCGCGGGGUGCUGCGGGAUGCGUGGGGCUCCCCGCCGCAGCACCCUGCACGGCUCCGGCCCUCCGAGCAGCGGAGCGGCCCCGUCCUAAAAAAAAUCAUCCCUAAAAAAAAAAAAAAAAAGCCCAAAAUAGGGAGAAUAAACCCGCAGCUCCCUCUGCCCCAGCGCCGCCGGCUCCGCUCUGUGGUGUCAAUUCACCGUGGCCAGAGGGGAGGAAGGAAAAGAAACAAACAAAAAAUACCCAA